AAGUAUGCUCCUUCUCUCUACGUUACUGAUUUGCCUCGUCAGCAUUGUGAGCCCACAGGGACUUUAUCGUUAUGGUUAUGGUUAUGGUUAUGUCCCGCGUGUGAGUCCACAGGGACUUUAUGGUUAUGAUCCCCGUAUGAGCCCACAAGGACUUUAUGGUUAUGAUCCCCAUAUGAGCCCGCAAAAUUUUGGCCCUAUACCCUUUGUUCAAAACCUUGGUCCGGCUCUUCAACUGGGAACGGGAAUAGCCAGUGGCGUAUUGCAAACAAUAGCUUAUGGUCUCGGAGCAUUCCCAGCGUUACUACAACGUAGAAUACCUUACCUUCAACAGCCUGUCCCACAACAGCCGCCACCGGAAGUAGAUGGCCCUCCAGAAGAGCCAGAUGGCCCUCCAGAAGAGCCGCCUAUGCCGUUAAACCCGCAAGAAACUGUGCCAGAAAUGGAUUCGUCUCAGCCGGAAGCAAUUCAGGAAAGUGAACCGCCAGGUGGCCCAUCGCCAAAUAAUAUAGAAAUGGCACCUAUGCCGCUCAGACGACAAGGACCGUUGCCGAGAAGCAAUCACCCAAUGCUAAAGCGAGAGAGGUUUCCCCUAGCGUCAAAGCGAAAAAGAAAGACACCAAUGCGAAAGCGAGAGAGAAGACCUCCAAGGCCGAAGCAGAGGAGAAGGCUACCAAAACCAAAGCAAUGGAGGAAGUCUAAGUAGAGCCAGAAGUGACAGCUACUUCAUUACGAAGCCGAUGGAGAGGAAGG